AACAACUUGUAUAUAUAUAUAUAUCGAACAUAAGCAACCUCGAUUUCUCAUAAAUCAUAUUAAUAUAACUAAACAUUUAAGAGUAUAAAGAGUUCAAAGAUAAGCGAUGGUUUAUUCAAGAUUUGUUUUUUUUGCUUUGCUCAUUCUUUUCGUUUUACUUGCAGGUGUUGAAUCCACGAACAUGGUGAGUGAAGAUUCCAACAAAGAAGUUUUAUCACUUUCCAAUGAUCAACCCAGGCUUGGAGUAUGUAAGGCUCUCUCAUGCAAUGUUUCGUGUCUUGAAGAGUGCGGGAAAGGUGGCAUUUGCGAGAAAGGACUUUGCAAGUGCUUCUGCCAAAUUCCUCCGAACUAAAAAUAUACUCUAUGAUCCUUUCUAAAUAAUAACAAACAUUAUUUCAAAUCUUUAGAAGCUGAUUAUUAAUAAUUUAAUAUUUGUUCAAAUAAUAAGAGUUAAAUGGAUCAAUACAU